CCUCCGGCGCUCCAACUGCUUGCAGAGCGUUUUAGAGGAGGAGCUGUCAAAGUUGUCCGGGAGUCCUCUCCUAGCAGAGAAAAGAAAAAAGAAGAAAGAAAAGUAGAAGGUGUGUAGUGAACACACACGGUGGAGCUACUUCUAUCGCUGUGAUCGGAGCAUGGCAUGGCACCUUCUCGGUAGCGGCGUCCGGACCAUGGCUCGCCGCCUUCUGGGGUGGCUCACCGUCACCUCGCUGCUCUGCUCGCCUCUUGUUGCCGAAAAGAAAGUGUGUCAAGGCAUCACCAACCGCUUGAACUUGCUGGGCUCCAAAGAGGACCACUACCUGAACAUGGUCAAGACCUACAGCAACUGCACGGUGGUCCUGGAGAACCUGGAGGUCACCUACAUGGGAGAAGAGCGCGACUUGUCCUUCCUCAGGACGAUAGAGGAAGUGGGCGGCUACGUGCUGAUCGCCCUCAACUCGGCCUCCAGGAUCCCGCUGGACAACCUGCGCAUCAUUCGCGGUCACUCGCUGUACGAGGGAGGCUUCGCCCUCACCGUGCUGGCCAAUUAUGACAAAGCCUUGGGGCAGGGCACCAGCCAGCUCCUUCUCACCAGCCUGACAGAAAUUAUCAAAGGAGGUGUGAUGUUUAGCAAAAACCAGCUGUGCAACGUGGAGACCAUCCAGUGGUACGACAUCAUUAACGAGGAGAGUAAAGCCAAAAUGGAGCUGCCGCUCGUGGCUACCAACAACCCGCUUUGUAAAAAAUGUGACCAAAGCUGUUUCAACGGUUCUUGCUGGGCACCUGGACCCCAAAACUGUCAGACUUUAACCAAGCUGAACUGCGCGCAGCAGUGCUCCAAGAGGUGCCGAGGACCUUCUCCCAGCGACUGCUGCAAUGAACACUGCGCCGCGGGAUGCACGGGACCGCGCCCCACCGACUGUCUGGCCUGUCGGGACUUCCAGGACGACGGGGUGUGCAAGGACUCCUGCCCGGGCCUCAUGCGCUACGACCCCAACCAGCACCAGCUGGUGCCCAACCCGCUGGGGAAGUACAACUUUGGCGCCACCUGUGUUAAGAGCUGCCCACAUAACUACGUGGUGACGGACCACGGGGCGUGCGUGCGGACGUGCAGCGGCAACACUUAUGAGGUGGAGGACGGCGGCGUCAGGAAGUGUGCCAAAUGUGAUGGACUGUGCCCCAAAGUAUGCAACGGGCUGGGUACGGGCCACCUGACGCACACGCUUUCCGUCAACGCCACCAAUAUCGACUCGUUUAAAAACUGCACCAAAAUCAACGGCAACAUCGCUUUAAUUCGCACCUCCAUUCACGGGGACGCGUACACCAAGACGCCAAAGAUGGACCCCGCCCAGUUGGACGUCUUCAAGACGGUUAAAGAAAUAACCGGAUACUUGUGGAUUCAAACGUGGCCCGCGAGCAUGAACAGCCUCGGUCCCUUGGAGAACCUGGAAAUCAUUCGAGGACGAACCAAGCGGGGAAGCCGCAGCCUGGUUGUGACCCAGCUGGACAUCAGCUACCUGGGCCUGCGCUCCCUCAAAGAGAUCAGCGACGGCGACGUGGUCAUCAUCAAGAACCAGAACCUCUGCUACACCGACGGCGGCCACUGGAAAGCGCUCUUCAAGUCCGUCGGCCAGGCCGCGACCGUGGGCGAAAACGCUGACUCUGGCAAAUGCGCUCAGAGAAACCAUACAUGCGAUGGUAAGUGCACGAGCCGCGGAUGCUGGGGUCCCGGCCCUGACAUGUGCUUUGCGUGUCGGGAUCGCAGUCGCCACGGCAGCUGCGUGGAUUCCUGCAACAUCCUGGAAGGGGAGCCACGGGAGGCCGUGGUGAAGAAAACCUGCGUGGCCUGUCACCCUGAGUGUCAUCAUAUGAACGGGACGACCACUUGCACUGCUCCGGGUUCCUCCAACUGCACCAAGUGCGCCAACUUCAAGGACGGACUCUUCUGCGUGUCCCGCUGCCCUCAAGGCGUGCCCGGCGAGGACGACUCACUGGUGUGGAAAUACGCAGAUGACACCAAAGUGUGCCGGCUGUGUCACCCCAACUGCACCCAAGGGUGCGUGGGGCCCGGUCGUGAAGGCUGCCAAGGUAAAACCACUUCGGGUCUGUCCAUGAUUGCGGCGGGUGUGGUGGGCGGACUUCUGGCGGUCCUGUUGGCGGGCCUGUUGGUCGUCGUGUUGCUGCGCCGACGCCACAUCAAGAGGAAGAGGACCAUGCGGCGCCUACUCCAGGAGAAAGAGUUGGUAGAACCGCUGACCCCAAGCGGCGAGGCGCCCAACCAAGCCCUGCUGCGCAUCCUGAAGGAACCUGAAUUCAGGAAAAUCAAAAUUUUGGGCUCAGGGGCUUUUGGUACAGUCUACAAGGGCCUUUGGGUGCCAGAGGGAGAAGACGUGAAGAUCCCGGUGGCCAUCAAGGUUUUGAGAGAGGCCACGUCGCCCAAAGCCAACAAAGAGAUCUUAGAUGAGGCCUACGUGAUGGCCAGCGUGGAGCACCCGCACGUGUGUCGCCUGCUGGGCAUCUGCCUGACGUCCACCGUGCAGCUGGUCACCCAGCUGAUGCCCUUUGGCUGCCUGCUGGACUACGUCAAGGAGAACAAGGAGAAUAUCGGCUCAGGGUACCUGCUCAACUGGUGCGUGCAGAUCGCUAAGGGGAUGAACUACUUGGAGGAGCGCCAUUUGGUCCACCGUGACUUGGCGGCCAGGAACGUCCUGGUCAAGACCCCCCAGCACAUCAAGAUCACCGACUUUGGCUUGGCCAAGCUGCUCAACGCCGACGAGAAAGAGUACCACGCGGACGGAGGCAAGGUGCCCAUUAAAUGGAUGGCUCUUGAGUCAAUACUGAACAGGACGUACACACACCAGAGCGACGUUUGGAGUUACGGCGUGACCGUGUGGGAGCUGAUGACAUUCGGCACCAAGCCGUACGACGGCAUUCCGGCCAGCGACAUCGCCGGCGUGCUGGAGAAAGGCGAGCGUUUGCCUCAGCCUCCCAUCUGCACCAUUGACGUCUAUAUGAUCAUGGUCAAAUGUUGGAUGAUCGACGCAGAUAGUCGACCACGUUUCCGAGAGCUAAUAGCAGAGUUCACAAAAAUGGCUCGGGAUCCUCCCCGCUAUCUGGUCAUCCAGGGGGACGAGAGUUUGCACCUGCACAAUCCUCCCGACGACAGGUUCUUCCGCACCCUGGCGAGCGGCGAGCACACCGAGGAUGCCGUCGACGCCGACGAGUACCUGCUCCCGCAGCGCGGCUUCUUCGCCAGCCCGAGCACAUCUCAGACGCCGCUGCUGCACUCCACCAGCCUGAACAGCAGCAAUGGGAUGUGCAAUGGCAGAAAUGGAUUAGUGAAUGGGUUGCCCAGCCGGGAUGGAAGUAUAGUUCUUCGUUAUAUUCCUGAUCCCACGGAUAAACUGUUAGAUGACGACGCCUUCCAGCCUGCUCCAGACUACAUGAACCAGAACACGGCCUCGGACAUGACGAAUCCCGUGUACCAGCACCCCGCCCUCCCGCGCACCCUCCUUCCCACCAUCUCCUCGGACGACGACUCCGAGUACCUCAACUGCUUCCAGAACGGACCCGAGUACCUCAACGAGCUCCCGCCCCACCCCGACGGCACGCUCCACGCCGUCCACAAGUACAAGCCGCAGAACAGCAUCGACAACCCCGACUACCAGCACAGCUUCACGCCCACCUUCAAAGCCCGCAUGAACGGACACCUGCCGGCAGCGGGGAAUGCAGAGUACCUGGGCCCAAACUGAUGGUUAAGCCGUGCUUUUUCCCAACGGUACCGCCAAUGAUCUCGAACCUCUUCCAAACUCUUCCCGAGAGGUCACGCGAGCCCCGGUGGAAAGUGACAACGUAUCGUGGCGACAAUGAGGAAGCAAACUCGUCCGCAGCUGGCAUAAAAAGGGGGAACUGAAAUGAGCAGCUCAAGCCCAAAAAAAUUGGGUUCACAUCCCGCAACCACUCAAGACUUUACACGGGCCCACUGUGUUGUGGGGGGCGGAGCUAACUCACCUUUCUUUGGGCUUGCCAUGCUGGAUGGACGCUCCGAAUGUAUGGAUUGCCCACUUUAGGGGAAAGCUGGUGAAAUGCAAAAUGAUGCAACGAUAACAGUAAAAAGUGGAGUUGACAACCUGCAAAGAUAAGUUCAGAACCUGCAACAUUGCUUGAAGCCCUUUCCACUGCACCACUUGCCACAAAUGACCAAAUUGAACACGCACCUACAAAAAACGAGAUCUGACUUGACCAAAAAACAAAGCCACUUCCCAACACAUUCCUCUUUCCCCUUUUGUGGAGAGAAAAUUCCAGGUCAGUUAAGGUCUUCCAUGUUUGUGCGUGUGUGUGGAUGUGGAUGUGGUGGGGGGUGACCAUUUCAAUAAGCAUCGUAUUUCCCAAGUCUCGCCAGGCUUGUGGACACUGUAGCUCCCCAGUCCUUUCCCUCCUCCCUAUGAGAGUAUUAACUAUGAAAUUCCCAGUUUUAAAGGAAUGCACUAAAUGUAGCAACCUGUUCAGCCUACUUUUGCAGAUGUGACACAGGUACAUGUACCGGUAUAGCCGUGUAUCCAUGAUGCUGUGAUACGUAAAUAGAUAUACACCAUAUGAAUAUAGUCCGCUGUAAUAUAUAUAUAAGCGCUGCACCGUAUGCAAAUACUCACCACAGUUGUGAUCAUUGAAAUGUAUGUACAGUAUAUGAAUCAUGAAUAAAUCUUUUUUUUUUCUAUGGAAAUAAA